GCCCCCGCCGCCGCGGCGGGCCCCGCGUGCUCCCCAACCUUUCAUCUCCGGCUCCGGGCACAUGGGUCCAGCAGAUCCAGCGUCGUCGUGGGCAAGCUGCCGAGAGGUGAGCUGAGCUGAAGCGAGUAGCAUCGCCCCACGCAAGGCAGGCACCGCACCACCCACCCCACAAGUCACGCACACAGGAAGGAGGAGGCGAGACGAGGCUGUGUUCCUCCCAGGACCUCGGCCACCAACUCCCGGAUUCUGCCAACUCCCGCCGCCCCGCGGCGCAUCAUUCCUUGCCAGCGGCCCACGCAAAUCCCAAAUCCCAAACCCCGCGCCGAUGGCCACCGCCUGCCCCCGCCUGCCCGGACCCAGCCGCCCGCCGCGCCGCUCUUAUACGCCGCCCCUGCAGCCGCAGCAGCGGCUCGCUGCUUAAUCCGUUGCGUGCUUCUGGCGGAUUCGCGCGCGCGCUUCGGGAGGGGCGGGGGUUCGGGAGUUGGCUGGCUGGCGGCGGGACUGGGUGAGUGUCUGGGCGGGAGUGCGGCAUCCGCGGCGGCGGCGGGAAGGUGGCGGAGCGCCGGAGAUGCUGGGGUCGGGGCUGAAUCUGGUGACCACGGUGAUCGGCUUCGGGAUGAGCGCCACCUUCAUCGUCUUCGUCUGCGCGCGCCUCAUCUGCGGCCGCGCCGCGCGGGCCGACGCCGACACGGCCGCGGUCGCCGCAGCGAGGGCGCUGGCGCAGCCCCCCGCGCCCUUCGACUUCGACGUCGAGUUCCGCAACGUCGCGGAUCUCGACCGCACGAUUGAGCGUUCCCGCAGUGGGUUGGAUUCUUUUGCUGUUGCUGCGAUUCCUACAAUGAGUUAUAGUUCUGAGGCCUUCCAUUCAAAAGAUGAUGCCCAGUGCUCGAUAUGUUUAGGUGAAUACAAAGAUAAAGAGAUACUUCGUAUAAUGCCCACAUGCCGGCAUAACUUCCAUCUCGAAUGUAUAGAUGUAUGGUUACAGAAACAAACGACUUGCCCAAUAUGCCGGAUCUCGUUGAGGGACCAAUCAAGUACAAAAUCUACUGCAUCUCCUCUCCGUGGCCUCCCUCAACUGCUUGGGCACCCGGAGAGCUCAGCCAAUAGAUCACCUCAUUGGAUACUUCCGAUUCAUCGCGAUCGUACUGGUGGUAGACAAAACAGUCCAACCUCACAAGAGUCACUGGAGGUGAUAAUCGAAAUCCAGCCACAGAGACAUUGAGGGCACUGACAUACAGGGUGGAAAUCAAGAGAAAAUUGGUGAAGCUAAAACUGUUGAUGUCGAGCAUCAAAAGGUCCUGCCGUUGCAGAACCCGUGCUCGACCUGUUCGUCCUGCGGCACAGUAGGUUGGGUACAGAAUGAGAGCGCAUUCAUUUGUUUGGCCUGGUGUCUAGGCAUUCUUUGUACAUCUCGAGCUGUAGAUUAACGACAUGUCCUUGGCCACGGCUGUGCGUGGCUAUUUUAAUCUUUUCUUCUUUUUUUGAUGUGCUGCUGCUGUACGUUGUAAAGAAAUGAUAUACUGAUCAGAUUCGGAGCUGCGAAAAUAUUUGCAGCGGCUCCGCCCGUCAAUAAAUUGCCAAUGCUCAAGGGAGCAUUGGUCCUUGAACCUG